CACACACACACACACACACACACCGACACCGGAGAACAGAGAGAGUAAGAGAGAGAGAGAGGGAGAGAGGAGCGCAGUGAGCAGUAAGGAGGCGGUGCUGUACGGACAACUGCGUCCCACUCCUACCGCAAACAUCUUUACAUCCUCCAGCACAGACUAGACUUCUCAUCGACACCGACUUCUACUUGAUCACAGCUUUCUCAUUUACGACGGAGGGGAGCUACGCUUACAUUAAAAGCUUUCCAGGCCUCCAAGGAUGGAUUCCAUACCUGCGGGGCGAGACUCCAGCUCCUCGCCAAGCUCCAAACAAGAACUUUCCUACCCGAGCUCUAAAAACCUAAAGCCCAACCAGGUCGGGGAGACAGUGCUGUACGGAAUACCCAUCGUGUCUUUGGUAAUAGAUGGCCAGGAGAGACUUUGUCUUGCACAGAUAUCUAACACCCUGUUGAAGAAUUACAGCUAUAACGAGAUACACAACCGGCGUGUGGCGCUGGGGAUCACCUGCGUCCAGUGCACUCCUGUCCAGCUGGAGAUCCUGCGGAGAGCCGGGGCGAUGCCAAUCUCCUCCAGGCGCUGCGGGAUGAUCACUAAACGCGAGGCCGAGAGACUUUGUAAGUCGUUCCUAGGAGCUCAUUCGCCUCCUAAACUUCCCGAAAAUUUUGCUUUUGAUGUGUCCCACGAAUGCGCCUGGGGGAGUCGAGGUAACUUCAUCCCGGCCAGAUACAACAGCUCCAGAGCCAAAUGCAUCAAGUGCUCCUAUUGCAACAUGUAUUUUUCUCCAAAUAAAUUCAUAUUUCAUUCUCAUCGCACGCCAGAGUCCAAGUACACGCAGCCAGACGCGGCAAAUUUUAAUUCUUGGAGGCGGCAUCUCAAAUUAUCAGAUAAAGGCGGCCAGACAGAUAUAUUACACGCAUGGGAAGAUGUGAAGGCCAUGUUCAAUGGUGGCAGUCGCAAGAGGACGCUGCCAUGCAGUGGAUCAGGAUCCGGCUCUGCUUUAAAACCACAAGGACCCAACCGAGCCAGAGCCUCGCCCGAGAUACCUGCAAAAAUCAUCAGCUGCGAAGACAACCGGGGCGGCAUGGCGAGCACACGCAGCUACCCGGUCAUCCCCGUGCCCAGUAAAGGUUUUGGGAUGCUGCAAAAGAUUCCGCCGCCGCUCUUCCCCCAUCCGUACGGGUUCCCAGCUUUCGGCCUGUGCCAGAAGAAAGAUGACAGUCUGAUGGGAGAGCAAAGCAAAGCGGGCCUGCCGGGCGUCCUGUGGCCUGGUACCAAGGACAGCGCCUAUCACUCCUUCCCCAUGUUCUGGCCCGCGGCGGGCGCGCUGCCCAUGCCUCCGUACCCCCAGACUCAGCACAAACCCCCAACAGAGCUGCUGUGCCCCCCAAGACAGACUGACAUGGACGUAUCCGAGCACAGCGACCGGAGUACCAACACCUCCAAAGACAGCAUGGUCGAAAACGACCGCUGCUCCAGCACUCAGUCUACGCGUAAUGAAGACGACAAGUCAGGGGACGAGGCGAGGCCGCUGGACGGGAUGACCCUUGCUCCCCGGAAAAUCAGCUACGUCUCCGCGUUCAGACCCGUUAUUAAAGACGCUGACUGUAUCGCUAAGCUGUACGGCAACAGGGGCGCAUACAACGGGUGUCGCACCGGCUACUUAUCACCCGAUUUUUUAAGUGAGAGCUCAAGCUACCGGUCCAUGUCCCCCUGCGUGGACAGUGAGGGCGAGCCUGACGUGGACGUGGAGACGAAUAAAACACCAGAGGAAGAAGAGGAGGACUCCCGGCCUCUGUCCUCGGUGUGUCCUCGGACUCCUCCCGGCUUGGCUCACAGUGUUUCUCCAAACGAUUCUCCAGACUCCAAAGCCAUGCAGGAGAGCAGCCUGGUUGAUUCCCAGAAAAUGAGCCUACACGUGGCCCAGUCAUCCGAAAGAGAACUGCAGAACAAGCAGUUAUCAGAGACCCACAUAGCUGCGUCUUUCACUGAAGUGUACACACCGGAGAGGGGUGAGCUGCAACAAAGGAGCAGUCCGUAUCAGUUCAGACCAGCGAAUUACCAGACUGGAGUACUUACAACAAAUGAUGAGAAUUCAAGUAAAGAGGAGCCGUCUUCAACAGUGGAGGAGAUCGAAACCAAAUCCUUUAAUGAACAAAGCAGCGAGGAGAUCCAGAGAGAGCCGGAUGGAGGCGAGGACGCGCCAGCCAAAGCUCUGCCAGCACAAAGAGCCAUAGAAAGUCUGGCAAAAGAGGAACUACAGAAGCAGCUGUUAGAGCAAGUUGAGCUGAGGAAAAAGCUGGAACGUGAAUUUCAAAACUUGAAAGAUAAUUUUCAGGAUCAGAUGAAAAGGGAGCUGUCCUACCGGGAGGAGAUGGUUCAGCAGCUCCACAUCGUCAGAGAAGCUCACGACGCAUUACACCAUUUUUCGUGUAAGAUGUUGACUCCUCGCCACUGUACCGGAUCGUGCUCCUUCAAAUCUCCUCUGCUGCCCCCCUGAACCAGAUUACUCCAUGACAGAGAAACACUUCUACAGCUUCUGUCAAAAACCAUCGAGAAACCUCCAGGGACAUUGUUGAGAUAAAUCAAGAUGAAAGAAGACUAGCUUGUAAUUACUUGUAAUAUUUUAAAAGUGUGUAUCCCCACCCUCAGCAUUUAUGUAACCAUCUUGCAUACGGUGAAAUUUUGUUUUACUGAAAUGAUACCAUUGAUGAUAUUUAUUAUUUGUGGCAACGUGCAAUGACAAUGUAUGUAUCUUGUAAUAGUUCUAGGUUGUUAUUUAUUUAUUCAUUAAUUUAUUUUUUUGUUGUUGUUGUCAAUACUAGCAGCUUUGACUAGCCAAUUCAUCGCUCCUUUUCCUCUCAGUAUUGUGAAUUAGCCUACUACUUUUGCUGUGUUCGUCCUUGCAGGCCAGCUUACUUUGGAUGUUAUGCACUUUAAAAACGAGUAAUGGGAAUUACUAUAAACAGCUUGUGCAUUGAAAUAGGCCUACAAUAUAAUUAUUUGUAGUGGUCAAACCAUGCCUAUUUGUUCUUUUUUUUGAAGAUUGGAAAAAAUAAAACACAGAAGUUAGUAGGCUAAAUUAGAACACCCCCGCGACCUUGUAAGUAGCGACAUAUUCUAUUAAGAGUAGCCUAUUUGUUCAUGUAAUAUUUGUUUUCAUCGCUAAUGAAUAAAUCAUUUUAUUAAAAAUAAAGUGGAUUCUUGCCCUCAGUGUUGUCAGCAUGCAUAAAUCGCUUCUUAUUAUCCUAAAUUCAAGGACAUCUUAAUUUUAUCCAUUGAUCUGAGAAACAAAGCACUUGUUUUGCUUGCAAACUUUAUUCAUUGGUGUGUUUGAUUACUGAGUGUAUAUAUUUGUUGGACUGGCACCAACAAGAAGAUAUCUACGAGUAAACACACGUUCAUUUAAGUUUCCUAUUCCGCCCUAUUAAAAAUGCAACUCGUUAUUUUCUCUGUUAGCUAUUUGUUUGAUGAAUCGAGUCAUUGUUUAGACUAUAGAAUAUCAGAAGUGGUGGGAAAUAAAGAGCCCAAGGUUUAUUUCUUCAAAUUGCAUUUACACAAUUGGCCUAAAUUGAAUCAUUUACGAUAUAAAUCGGAGGAAAAACAGCAAAUGAUCUAAUUUUUAAAGAACAUGAACAUGUUUGCUACUUGUGCUGGGUAAACGAUGAUUAUAUCAAAAUAGUUGCCCCUUAUUUUUUAUUUUCAAUUAAAU